AUGAUCGAUCACAACAGUGUGAAAAGACGCCGCGUAUUUCUUGCUUCUGGAUGCGUAAAGUGGCGUCACCGCAAGAACCCAGCAGUGUAUCGGCGUCUUUGCAUCAAAGACAUCUCUGCUGUACAAACAACACUUCCUCUGCUUACGAAAGACAUCGUGGUGGAACAGUUUUUCGGCGGUGAUGCUUCGAGUGGUAAAGAUAGAAGAAGAAAAGCAGAAGCAGCUCAAAGGGCGGCCUACGUCAUUCAGUGUAGUUUUUCGAAUUACGAAAAGGUGGUACGACGUGAGAGGGAAGCUUUCAGUAACUGCAGUGAAGCCGAAGCGUAUUUCAGUCAUGCAUUUGGUAUCAGGCAAGUCUGUGAGGCCUGUGGUUUUGGCAUACUUAAUGCACAUUUUUGCUGCCGCGCCUGUGGACUUGAGCUGUGCCCAUUCUGCUUCAAAAGGCUACGUGAAAAAGGUGUGGUUGGCAGGACAUUCUGCCGCGAUCUGUUGCUAUUUUUCUAA